GAAAAAAAAAUCAAUUUUCGUUUCUUUGGUUUCAGUGGCUCAUUGAUCUUUAAAAGCUGGUUCGGUCUAUGGAGUAACACAUUUGAUCGCGACAUCUGCAACCUCCUAACUCGUUUUCAACUCUCUUUUGGUCCGAUCAUGGCCGUCGCUGAGAAUGCUGGUCUCAAAGUGGACUCUUCUGGUCAGAAUUUAGACAACAACACUUGUUCAGCUUCCGACACGACGACGAAUCCCUCUGACGAUCAGAGCCCUAAAUCCGAUUCCUUUCUCGACUCAUCGGAUCCUCCGACUCCAGAUUCCGACGAUCGGACCAAUGAGACUGCCGGAAAGAGUCUGACCGCGAAUGGGUUUAACGGAGGAGACGGUGUGAAGGGCGAGAUCAAGAACCUCUCCGAUGCGUUCUCCAAGCUCAAUCCGAUGGCUAAGGAGUUUGUUCCUCCUUCGCUUGCUCGAAGUCAAUCUGGAGGGGUUUCGAGAAAUGGGUUAGGGUUUACUAACGGUUUCACGGCAGCGCAGCCUGUUGUUGUUGCAGAUGGAAAUGGUCAAUUCGUCAGAAGGAGAAGGAGCUUUGGACAAGGGAGGAGAAGAGUGAACAAAAGAACCAGCUUGGCUCAGAAGGAAGAUGUUAUCAAGAGAACUGUUUAUGUCUCUGAUAUCGAUCAUCAGGUUACUGAGGAGAACCUAGCAGGUGUCUUUGUUAACUGUGGACAGGUUGUUGAUUGUCGUGUAUGCGGUGAUACAAACUCCAUCCUCCGUUUCGCUUUCGUUGAGUUCACCAAUGAAGAGGGAGCUAGGGCUGCCUUGAGCAUGACAGGAACGGUGCUUGGUUUUUACCCUCUUAAGGUGCUCCCUUCCAAGACCGCUAUUGCACCUGUUAACCCUACUUUCCUUCCCCGGUCUGAGGGUGAGCGUGAGAUGUGCCUGAGGACUGUUUACUGUACCAACAUUGACAAGCGGAUUAGUCAAGUUGAGUUGAAAGGCUUCUUUGAAAUGAUUUGCGGAGAGGUUUUUCGUUUGAGGCUGGGAGACUAUCACAACCAUACCCGCAUUGCUUUUGUUGAGUUUGCUAUGGCGGAUAGUGCAAUCACUGCACUUCACUGCAGUGGUAUGGUCUUGGGCGCACUCCCAAUAAGGGUAAGCCCAUCAAAGACACCAGUGAGGCCGCACCUUCACCGCCCAUGAGUGCAACUGAAAAGAUCAAAUCUAUUGUAGAAGAGAAAGAGAGAAAGCAGAAGUCUAAAAGAAGAAGAAGGUACUUGAGGCGUUAUGUGUUUAUAUAUAUAUCAAAAUGUUUUAAAGUCUUUUUUUUCUUAAAUUUUAAGUUUGUUUCGGAGUCGCAGAGCCUGCCUGCCCGGUAUCUUUGAACAACUUUAAGAACUUUGGUCUUUUUUUACUUUCUCCUAUCUAUAUAGAGUCGCUCAAAAACCAAAGACUGUUUUUUUUUUCUUUUGUUAUUAUUAUUGUCGAAAUACCCUUUUGGAUAUUUCUUUUAUGAAUGGUUUAAGACACUUGGAGCAA